GGCUAAGAUAUGCGCGUCAUAUGGCUAUCUCUCUGACUCCGCGAGACCUGGAACGCAAGAAGCUACGGGAAUCCAACGGAUUCGCAGACGCCGUGCGGGAAACUGAUGAUUCCCUCACCCUGAAACCCGUCAGGGACGGUACAGCGAACAACUACAAGACCGUCUUGCACGAAUGGGACCUGUUCGUCCAAGAGUACUCGGAACUCUUUCCAGGAUGUACACCGAGCCCCUUGCAGGCCAAGACGGCGAAGGACUUCCUCAUCUUCUACAGGAGAGGAAGGAAAGGUAAGGGUCGAGUAGACAAGGAGCGCAAGAUCUUAGACUCAACCGCGGAGACAUUCUGGAAAAACUUCAUGACCGCCUGGCAGCGGAAGGCGGGCGACCAUUUCUCGAAGCCCUUGCGUGACACGGUUCUAAAUCUCAUCAACGGGGGCCAUGAUAACGUCCUGGAUCUGUCUAGAGAGAGACGACCGACCAAGAACUACACUCUUCUCGACUUCGAGGCCGUUUCUCGUCAGCUGUGGCAGAACGACUGGCAUGAUUACCACCACGAGUUAUACCGGUGGGGUUUACACUGUCUUCAACUUCUCCACUGUGGGACAUCUGCUCGCGCCGGCGAGUUCGAAAAGAAUCUUCGUUUCCGUGAUAUUGGAAUUUAUCAAGUCUGGAUGACCGAUCAGCCACAGAUCGUGUUUGACCUCCGGCGAGACAAGGCCAAGGGCCUUCAAAAUCUACCUCGAGAGCAGUAG